AUGGAUCUUUUGGUAAAACAUCUACCACAUUCAGAGCAUGAAUACGGCUUUUCUCCUGUGUGGAUUCUCUCAUGGAACAUUGGAAAUUUUCACUUUUCCAUGAUUGGUCAUAAGGAGCUUCCUGGGGAUCAGAUGAUAGAGCUCUGCUGUGAAGGACCGAAGAGCCGUCUCCCUGACCUGUGCCUUUUCGGACGGUGUCUGCAGUCUCUUCCUGGCAUCGGGGCUGCGGUCACCAUGGCAACGGACCUGCUGCUCAGCGACCUGGACACCAAGUUCUGUGCGGACAACCUGCUGACCAGCGAGGACUGGGAUACAGGACUGUACAGUUACCCGGAUGUGGCAGACGACUAUGGUGACCUUUUUCCACCCGGUUUCGGGUCCUAUCCUCUCCAUUUGUAUGACAGCCAGAUGGACGUAGAGUCUUGUUCCGUGUCCUCCUCGUUGGAUGAGAUCCAUGGUAUGAACUUAUCAGAUCUGUUAGUUAAGGCAGAGCCGGCGUCUCCCUUCUCCUCCUCGUCUUGUGAUUCCUCUUCCUCCUGUGAUGGUCUCUACCCCCCCUCUCUAGGAGACACAGGGACCUCGGUGAAGGUUGAGCUGCCACCCUCGCCCUCAAGUACAAGCCUGGAGGUGCCAUCCGCUCCAUGCAGCGCUCUGCAAAUAACUCUGCUCCCAGUGUCGGCGGCAGCCCAGUCAGGAUGUCUCUUGAAGUCUUCCAGCUCUAUUUCAAAGAAACCGGCCUUACAACCGAGACCCCCGCCAGGGACCAAUCCACCCGCCACCCCAAGCAGCACACCGCACGCCAUUAUCCUGCACCCAGUGACCAGCGCACCGCCUCCUCCCAUCGUGCCAACUCUGACAGCAGCCUCCCCGCCCAUGAUGGUGUCCCAGCUCCUGACAGUGCAGAGCGGGGGAACGGUGACGUCUCCUGUUAAACAUGAAGCCAAAACCAUUGUGCCUGCCCCGACUACUGGCAAAAGCAGCGCGGCGGAGGUGGAUCCAAAACUUUUAAAGAGACAGCAGCGCAUGAUCAAAAACCGGGAGUCUGCUUGUCAGUCGAGGAGGAAGAAGAAGGAAUAUGUCCAAAGUCUGGAGGCAAGACUACAGGAAACCCAGAGACAGCUGGAGCUCGCUCAUCGGGAGAACAGAGAGCUGAGGGAGACUGUGCAGCAUCUAAUGCGGGAGAACUCAACGCUCCGCAACUCCACCAGCAACCGGAAGGUCGUCUGCGUCAUGGUUGUUCUACUUUUCGUUACAUUCAAUUACGGGCCUACUAGUGUUGUGACUCACAACAAUAUCCCAGAGGAGUCCAUGAAGAGUCCGGAGGUUUCCUACAGCAGCCGGCACCUGCUGACCUUCAACAACAAAAGCGAUUCGCCCGAGCCCCCGGGGCCUAGAUUCUAUGCACCGCCUCCUGCCAAACAUAAAAGCUCCUUCAGCAACUCAACCGGUUCGCUGGCAAACGUGAAGCACUUAAUGGUUCGAGACCUGGAUCAGCUCUUCCUUGCCUCCGAUUGCAGACACUUCAACCGCACCGAGUCAAUCCGAUUGGCGGAUGAGCUCAGUCUUUGGGUUCGCCGGCAUCAGAAUGAGAGGAAGACUGGAAAGCAGGCCCCGAAAAAACAGCGCAAAAUAAAGAAGCCGCUGAUCAGGACCAGUAUGGCACUGUCAGAUCUGGUGCCAGCUCACGUGUCCCGGCUCCAGUCUCACAGAUUGCAGACUGCUCCAUUACAGCUAUUUGGCCCCCAGGAGCCCAGCGAUCACUUUCUAAUGGACGCCAUUGAGCGCCGCGAAGAUACCUUCUACGUUGUCUCAUUCCGCAGGGAUCACCUGCUCCUUCCAGCAAUAAGUCACAAUAAAACCUCCCGUCCCAAGAUGUCCCUGGUGAUGCCGGCCAUGUCGGUGAAUGACAGCGGCGUCUAUAACAGCACCCAGGGGUACGAGACCAUGAUGCAGAUAGACUGCGAGGUGAUGGACACCAGGGUCAUCCAGAUUAAAUCCUCCACGGUCCCCCCCUCACUAAGGACGCCUCCGAGCCCCCCUCCACAGCCAGGAACGGCAACUGGGAACCAGUCCCUCUAUCUGCAGGACCAGACGUCCGUGGAGGACGGGCAGCACUGAGGACGGACACGAGG